CCAAGUCUGACAGUGACCUUCCGUUGUCCGAUAGCUCGGCAUAUGUAAUGUUUCAAUAACCGUACCAAAUCUCCUCGUUGUCCGUGUAUGUUUUACUAUGUCCAAAUGAUCGACUUGUUGAUGUCUGUAAUACUGGACAUGCUGCUUGAAGGGUGUUGUAUAAAUGACUUUUACAUCGUAUAGGAGAAACUGUGGUGAAUCACUGUCUGUGUUCCAUGAUUGGUUUAGCUUUUUGGCGAAGCCUUACAUUAUAGCUAGCUAGAUGGUGUGAAAAAACGCUUGGUGGUUGUGCAUACAUACUAUGCAAUUUUGAGGCGCACGCAGCUUUAAUUACCUGAUUGGACAGGUGGCCUUAUUGUUACUGUUAAACAUCCACCGGAUCAUCCUAUUCAACACCAUUUCUUUCUCUCUUUCUGAUUCUCUUUUAUACACAAGACCAGCAACCCGUCCAUACAGCCAUGAUGAGAUUUGCCAAUACAAUCGCCAUCGGAAAACUCAAAAAUCCAACCUGUCGAAAAGCCAUGUUAUACUUCCACCCAAACGUGCUUUCAUACAAUCUAGCGGUCUCGCCCACUGCCAUCAAAUCAACGUGUCGUUCCAACAUUCACUUGCUGUGUGAACAGCGUGCGCAAGAGUUCAAAGACGUCGUGGAAGACCUGCUGUAUUAUGCGAGCAAACACCACAAAGUAUAUGAGCAGUACUACCACUCCUACCCGACGACGACGACAACGAUUUAUGCGGACAUCGAGCCCAAAUACGACAACUGCUUUAAAGUUACAAACUUUAAUGAUCUUAUCCAAUGUGCAUCUAUGGAAGAGAAACCAGUUGCAGUGCGUCUGGCAGGGGACAUGACACAGUUCCCACUCGAUCCAUUAUUUGAGCUCAUAUACAACCAGUUGGACGUAAACUCGAAACGGCCCAUUGCACCUUACGACACGUUGUAUCAGAUGAUGCUCGUACUAUCCGGUGCCGCACAGCAUUCGCGCCGUGCACGUUUGGGUCUCGAUUACUUUUCAGAUCUUGUCUCGUAUAUGUUUGGAGAGUUCCAUGGUACUUUUAGCUGGGAAUGCAAUAAUGAUCACCAUCAAGCACCCCCUUUGCUCAAAGACGGUAAUUUACAAGAUCUUGACAUGGACAUACCAUCGUUGUACCAGCUCCACUGUGCCGGGUUCAGCAUCCGACCGAUUCCAUGCUUGAUAAAAGACGGAGGCAUCCGAACCUAUUGUCCAAGGAAAAGCGUCGAUAUCCAGAUAAUCUCGCCCGUCGACCUUCGAUACCGCGACUUUAAUUUUCCAAAGCAUUCCAGUUUUAGAGGUUACCAUGCAGACGCGCUGUUAAAGCUGGCGAGGCUUAUUCCGGAUAAGCAAUCGUUUGACGUGGCCAUGGCUACAGGUAUUAUUCCCGAAAACUUGCAGAUCACGUAUGUCUGGUGGAACGACCAUGUCAUAUUGGAAGCGUACAGCUACGAAUCGGGCCUGUACACGAACGUAUCCAUGAAAAGAAGUAAGGCCACAUGCGCCGCAUUGCGCGAACUCAAACACAGCUAUGAUCGUCAUACCAAGCGUUCAUUUUUUCGGGAGAUAUGGGCGUUUAUGAAAAGCAAUCGUCUCGAGUUCUUGUAUAGUUCAAUCAUGCUUUUGUUUGCGUUUGUCAGCUUUUUGCAAUUGCUUGUUGGUCUUGGUUUGUUGUCGCCUGUUCAACCAUCCACCGUGAUUUGCUUGUCUCCUCCAACCCUUUCAUUAUCAUAGUAGUAGUAGUAGUAAUAGCAGUAACGAGCUCUUUUUUUUAAAAUGUAAACUUGUAUAAUUGAUGGGAUGCAUAGUAUAAAAUAAAAUUGUAUGUACAAAAAAAAAUAAAUGUAGUGAAAUGUUUGAUUUUAAAACCUCCCGGUUUGUAUCGUUUAUCGUCUUCGCUUGUUGCCGCCACCCUUGCCUUUCUUUAUCGGUAAGCCAAUCUUCUCCUCACGAUCUUCACCAUCAUCGUCACCAUCUCGACGUCCGCGUUUGGAGCCUCGUGCACCACCCUUUUCUUUGAGUUCCAGUGUGGCCAUACGCUGGGCG